AUGAGCUGGCUGCGUUCAGUUAGCGCUUUGAUCACCAUAUGUGCCUGUGCUUGGCCGGGCGCGGUGGGUCAGGGCAUGCCGAAGAUUCACCACUCGGAGAGCACUGAGGAGUACUUGAGUAAGUACUACAUUCCCGUAGAGGAGCACUUCAUCACCACCGAGGACAAGUAUAUCUUGCGCUCCUUUCGCCUGCCUCGACAGGGUGCACCUGUGGUGCUGCUCCAGCAUGGAGUGUUGGCAUCUUCUUGGUGCUGGCUGGUGAAUACCCCGAACCGCUCCUUGGGUAUCUCUUUGUGGAAGAUGGGCUAUGAUGUUUGGCUCACAAACAGCCGCGGAAAUACCUUCAGUCGCAAUCACACUGAAUUGAAGCCCUUCCUCGAUAAGCAGUUCUGGAACUACACAUUUGACGACAUGGGCUAUUUUGAUGUAGUGGCCAAUGUCCGUUAUAUUUUGAAUGCUACUUCAAGGAAGGAUUUGACCUUUGUUGGCUGGUCCCAGGGCACGUCGCAAAUGUUUGUGGCUGCACAGGGCCCAGACCGAGACUAUUUGAAGAGUCAUGUGAACUUGUUUGUUGCCCUAUCUCCUGUGACGUAUCUCACUCACCAGUCAUCUCUUCUGUUGAGUGUUGCUCAGAAGUUCCGCUUGGGAGUGAUCCUGGAGAAGGCCUUUCCCUAUGAUGUCUUCAGCUGGUCCGAGCUGCCCACGCUCGGCUCUCUUCUUUGCAAGGUGACUUUGGGUGUGAUUUGCGACAUCACGGUGGAUGUGAUCUGCGGGCGCUCGCAGAAGGAUUCCUCAGAUGCCAUAUUGAACUUGGCCGCACACUUCCCGGCCGGCACCAGCAUCAAGGACCUGGACCACUACGAGCAGUUCAUUGACUACGAGCACUUUGGGCGCUUCGAUUACGGAACCAUGGGGAACUUGGAACACUACGGUUUGGAGCUGCCACCCGAGUACUCUCUGAGCGAAUUGGAGAUCCCCACGGCUCUCUUCUGUGGCUCGAAGGACACCUUGGCGGGCCCCAAGGAUGUGGAGAGGCUGAAGAUGGACUUGAAGGGCAACAAGCAUGUGGUGUUUUCCAAGGAGUACGAGGACUACUCGCAUCUCACAUGGAUGGUGGGGCUUACAGAUGAGUGGAUCACCGACCUCAAGGCACUGUUGCGUCAGUACAAUCCUGUAAGGCCCAUGGAAGCUUCGGAUUUCUAUGCCGAUCCGGUGCAAGAUAUGAUGAAGCCGCAGGUGGUGCGACAUCUGGAGUUCAUACGAGCAGUAGAUGGAGUUUUUGGGGGCUUCGACUUGGAGAAGCAGCCAGUGGUCAAGGUACCAAGGCCUGGUCAUUGCUUGAAGAAGAACGGCGAAGACAUCAAUCCAUGUGACGAUGAGGCCGCAGUGGAGCAAACCCUGCGGCGACUGGCCUUAAUGGUGAAGACCCGUGGCGUCAUUUUUGCCAACUGCUUUCAGGAGCCGAUCUUUGGGGAUGCCGAGCGAUCCUUGGACACCUCGCUGUUGUGCCCCAGAUUUGCGGGUAAGGUGACGGAAGCUCAAUUCUGCAGCCACUUCCCCUUCAUGCAGGAGAUCUCGGAGUACGAGCUGGGCCUUUUGUUGCAGCGCUACUACAACAGCGAGGCUGAUGGGAUCAACUAUAUGGCGAUGGACAAAGAUCUACAAGCUUUGGUCGAGGAGCCCUUGCAAGAGAGGCGACAUUAG